AUGUCGGAUUUUCCUAAAGUCGAACAGGCUUCGCCGUCAGAAGGAAUGCCGCAAGUUCAAACUAAUAACGCCCCUGAGAUAGAGGAAAUUGAAGAUAUAAUUAGAGAUACACCAAACGUAAUGGAUGUGUUAGGAAACGGAAGUCAAAGUUGGGACGGAACAAAUAGUAACGGGGCAGCAAUGGGCUCAUUGGACACUGUGCCGGCCAACAAACUGGUAGCAUACAACAAAUAUGAUAAUAAUAUCUACCCAGAUCCUUUACAACCUCUAUCUGAUACAGCUUUACCUAAUUCUAUGGGUUAUUAUAGCAUGAUAAAAGCUGGUGAUAAGGGUCUGAAACCUCAAUCUUUCCGGAAGACCAAGAAGAAACCAACACCUUCUGGGCCAAAGACAAGGCCUGCAUUUGUGAUGAAACUCUGGAACAUGGUCCAUGAUCCAAGUAAUCAGGCUUUUAUCCGAUGGCUACCAGACGGGAAGUCAUUUCAAGUCACCAACAGGGAAGAUUUCUUGAAACAUGUUUUGCCCAAAUAUUUUAAACACAAUAACUUUGCAAGUUUUGUGAGGCAGCUUAACAUGUACGGAUGGCACAAAGUUCAGGAUGUGGGCAACGGCUCUUUGACUGCCAACGAAGAAUUGUGGCAGUUUGAGAAUCCCAAUUUCAUUAGGGACAGGGAAGAUUUGCUGGAUCAGAUCGUUCGAAAUAAGUCCAAGCCAGGUGAAGAUGACGAGAACAUCGAUUUUGGACUUGUUUUGAAUGAAUUGGAAACUAUAAAGAUGAACCAGAUGGCGAUAUCUGAGGAUCUUAGAAGGAUACGACAAGAUAAUGAGACGCUCUGGCAAGAACACUACCUUGCAAGAGAGCGACACAAGACACAGGCAGAAACACUAGAAAAAAUGAUGCGUUUUCUUGCCUCUGUGUAUGGCAACAACUCAAAGCUUCUGAGUGAACCUACCAACGAUGAGUUUCAGAAGUCUUCCGGCGCUCCUCAACGGCACGAUACCUCAAAUAUCAGCAAACCUACUAAUGCCGCCUCUAAGAAGUUACUAAUGUUGACGGACCAUGCACAUAAACCAUCUACUAAUGGCUCAUCAUCUACCUCGGGAGCUGCAACUGGAGAUGUGACACCUACAGUUCUCCCAUCACACAACUCUUCAGUAGCCUCACAGCACCCAUUCAUCCAAGAGAUUGUGAACCGCUCCAAUCAGAACUUGGCACCUAUUAACUCAAUGCCAUCUCCUGGAACGUUUUUCCCAGAAUUGAACGAACAACUAAAUGAGUCCGCUUCUCAGAAGGUCAAGAACCACAGUUCCAUGAUGCAAAAUGUUGAAGAUAACAUCAACCAGCAGGGCGAAUCAAUUAAACAGAUUCAUGAGUGGAUAAACAAAUUAGCUCCUACUAGUUCAACCACCAACUCUAAGAAGACAGACAGCGAUGCAAUUGCCGACGAUGAUUUCGAUGUAAACGACUUCUUCCUACCUCACACUCCUGUGGACGAACCAGGGGCAACUUCCAUUCCAAUUAUAGAAGAGCUCACACCUACGGAUUCACUUAAGAGAGAAAAUGGUGCGGGCGAAGGAGAUAAUUCUGCUAGUAAGAGGGCUAAGAAAUAG